AUGUUUGGUUCGACGAAUAGUGGAGGUUCUCUGUUUGGUGCUAAGCCAGCUGCCCAGGCCGGUGGGCUGUUUGGUAACGCUGGUGCGAGUGCUGGUGCAACCACUGGUGGUGGGCUGUUUGGUGCCAAUGCUGAUGCUAAUGCUGGUGCUAAUGGUGCUACAAAUACUGCUAUGAAUACCUCUGGUGGGCUCUUUGGUGCUAAGCCAGCCACGGCGUCAGCAGGUGGGCUCUUUGGAGCAUCAACUGCGAACCAACAACAGCAGCAGCCAGCUAGUGGUGGGCUGUUUGGUAACACUCAGCAGAAGACCCAGACAGGUGGACUGUUUGGUAGUAAUCAACAGCAACAACCAGCUGCUGGUGGGCUGUUUGGGAGUAAUCAACAACAGCAACAGCAGCAACAACAGCAACAGCAACAACAGCAACAGCAACAACAGCAACAGCAACAGCAACAGUCCUCCUUAACGUCAUCACAACCAGCGUUUGCCUGGUCCCAACAGAAUAAUCAACAAGGAACACAACAGCAGCAACAACAACAACAACAACAACAACCACUAUCAUUCACAUCUGCCUCCAACGAUAAGGCCCAGGCUAACAACAACUACGCCAUAACCAUCCAAGAACAGCUCAGCAAAGUGAAGUCCUCGUGGGACCCAACGUCUCAACAAACAGUCUUGAAGACUUACUUCUACAACAAAGUACCUGAGACACAGGCAGCUCUAUAUUCAAAGCCCAUCAACGAGGACGAACAAUGGGACAAGGCAUUUGAGUCGAGACCAUCGAAUAACCUGAUCCCGGUGCGUGCUGUAGGGUUUGAAGACCUACAAAAGAGAUCGCAGACACAGGUGAACCAUGUGGCACAGGCAAGAGUUGUUCUACAGCAGAUCAGUGACAAGUACAAGAUGUUGAGUGAUAAGCACGAGUUGGAUACUGCUUCACGAAUCGUCGCAGCAAAGGCUAAGCAUACUAGAAUCUCUAGAAGAAUCCUAAAAUUGGUGUCCACUUUAGCUGUGCUAAAAUCAAGAGGUUAUCAACUAUCACCAUCAGAGGAGAAACUGAUCCAGAACUUUCAAGAGCUACUGGAUAAGUCUCAAGACCCUUCAGGCCUGGGCAAGACCAAUGAGUUAUGGGCAAGAUUGGCAAUUUUGAAGGAAAAGGCAAAGAGCUUGAGCGACCAGAUGGACAAGUCUCUGGGUUUGAAUAGCCACGAACAGGCAGACGACUUGACUGAUAUUGACAGUAAACAGAGACAAGUGUUGAUGAUUGCACAGUCGUUAGAGGAGCAACAGAAGGGGCUAAAGUACUUGUCGGAAAUUAUUAAAGAGGAUAAGGCUACAUUGGAGACACUAUCUAAGUAA